AUGCCUGUGCAGCCGGACGACCUCCUGCUUUCUCUGCAGUCAUCUCUACGCAACGCACUCUCGACCUUCGGCCCUAACAGCUCUCAAUAUCGCAACAUUCAGCUAAUGGUCGAUGAGCACAUGGCGAAAACUGCACUUGCGAACCUCACAAUAUCAUCACAUGGGCCUCGGCAACAGGACGAUCAGAAGGUGUAG